AUGGUUGCACCUGAGGUUGCAAGAUUUAAAUCAGUAAGUGAGUAUAACUCUGCAAUGUUUAAAAUUACUUCUAAAUUAAAAUUGUGCGGAGAAAAGAUUAUUGACAAUGAUAUGUUAGAAAAAACAUAUUCUACUUUUCAUGCCUCAAAUUUACUUUUACAGCAGCAAUACAGAGGACGAGGUUUUAAAAAGUACUUAGAAUCAAUUUCGUGUCUUCAAGUAACAAAACAAAAUAAUAAACUUUUGAUGAAAAAUCAUGUAUCUCGCCCAACUGGGUCUGUCCCAUUCCCUGAAGUGAAUGCUAUAACAUUCGACAAUCGUGGUCGUGACCAUAAUCAAAGCCAUAGUCGUGGUCAUGGACGUGGACGCAGACAUAGUAAGGGUCGAAGUAAAUUUUGGCAACGUGGUGGUUAUAAUAACAACUCCUCUACUUUACUGAAAACCACAAGCAAUGAACAUAAGGGAAAGAGUCCACAAAAUAAGAAUCAACAAACUUAUGAAAACUUAUGUUUUAGAUGCGGUAUGAAAGGACAUUUGUCACGUACUCGUACCUCUAAACAUCUUGUUGAUCUUUAUCAAGUCUCUUUAAAGGAGAAGGAGAAAAAUAUAGAAGCAAACUUUGCCUAUCAAGAUGAUGACCUCCUCAAUGAAUCCUUGGAUUUUACAAACUUGGAUUUUGCUGAUGAUCCCAUCAAUGGCAAUAAGAAUUUCUAUUGGUGA